AUGCCCCAACCUAGUUCAGGCUUCCCAAAACUUAAGGCCAAUUGCUCUCAGGUACGUCAACCUAUCUCCUUUGACUUCCAAUCUAGACCUGGUUUCCCACCAUUUCAUUCUUUUAGUGGCCUACCCUCACCCAUUAGCCCCUACUUUCCUUCUAGCCUCCCUCCUCCUCCUCCCUUUCCUCCAUUAUUUAACUACCAACAAGUCUAUCCAUGUUUUAACUCCCCUAGCAUUCCAAUGUUUGAAAACUAUAUCUCCACCUCCUUUAGGUCUCAUACUCAGCCUUCUCUUGCUGACUCCCCGUACGUAAAUAACUCUAAAUUAACUGGUACUUAUUCUCCAAGUGUCAUUAAUUCGCAGCUUACAUAUCCGCCUCCAAAUUUUUUUAAAAUACCGUCGAAAAUAGCAUUGCCGUUCGAAACACAUUAGAUAUUAUAUUAUUGAAUGCCGGGUCUGUUAUAAACAAGAUGGCCCAAAUCAGAGCCAUUGCUCUGGAAAUGACGCCUGAUAUUAUAUGUGUAACAGAAUCUUGGACACAUUCUCUAAUUCCUGACUCUGCCCUUCUCAUAGAUGACUUCGAUUUUUACCGCCAAGACCGCACGACUAGGCGUGGGGUGGUUGUCUUCUUUAUCUUAAAUUCUACCUAAAGCACUCUCCCUAUAACUUGGAUGUUUCCUCAUUCACGGGAAACUUCUGCUUUGCAUCUGUUAUUCUCUCGCCGCAAAGAAAGGCAAUCAUUGGCUGUAUCUACAAUCCCCCAAAUUCUUUAGCCAGUGAUGAUUCUCAACUCUGUGAAAUCUUUAAAUUAAUUUCGGAAGCUGCUUUCGAUGUUAAAAUAAUCACUGGGGAUUUAAACCUUCCUGAAAUAGACUGGGUUUCCAAUAGCUGCCCACCCCGAUUCCAGCCCUUUCAAGAUAUUGUCAAUUUUUCUAAUUGGUCCCAACUGGUGCGCUCUUCAACAAGAGAUAAUCACAUUUUAGAUCUAAUCUUUACCAAUGACAUUGCUCCUCUUUCAGUUGCUUUAAAAAAGGACCUCUUUGACAGGGACCACGUAUUAAUUCAUUGUUGCCUACCGCUUGCCUUUUCAAAAAAGACAAGCGCCGUUCAGACUUUCAUGAACUACGACUGCGUAGAUAGCGACUUAAUAAAUAACUAUAUGAGAUCCUUGGAUUGGUGUGGCCUCCUCACUUGUAGCGAUGUAACCAUUCUUCAUGAUGUCAUGUCCAAUGUUUCCAAGGACAUUCUAGAGUUUGUGCCGCGUAGAUAUCUCAAGCCUAAUUCUUCAGAUUCCCUUGUUCCUCAUUUUCUUCAGAACAGACUAAAAAAGUUGAGGCGACAACUGCGUGACCCAUCCACUAGUUCCUUAUCCGUUCAUCUUAGAAUCACAGAGAUAUUUGAGAUGGCCUCAAGGAUGCGCCAAGCGCGCGACAGGCAAAGAGAAUCAAUUGCUCUCAGUGGUUCGAACCCUGGCAAAUCCGUCGCUAGCAUCGUCCGUCAUCGGUCCUACUCUAAGCGUGGUCAUAAACUUCCACCCAUGCUAAAUGAUAACAAAGUCUUCCUCACCGAUGACACUGACAAGGCGGAGUUGUUUAGUGCUUUCUUUGCAAAACACCUUACUACCGAGUCCGAUCCGGUCCCUUUCUUUCGAUCACUUUCAGAUAGGACACUUAGUACAAUUGAUGUCUCCUCAGAUCUCAUUAAGAAACACAUAAGCCGUUUGAAAUACUCACACUGCUCAGGAACGGACGGGAUUCCGAAUUCGAUUAUUAAACAAGCGUCCGACCUUCCCAUAUUGCUCAGUCAUUUAUUCUCUGUUUAUAUUUCAAAAGGUUUCUUUCCUGAAACAUGGAAAACGUCAAUUAUCAUUCCCGUUUUCAAGUCAGGAUCUCGGUCCGAUGUUAAUAACUAUCGGGGCGUGCACAAAACGCCGUCUCUAGCACAGCUUCUUGAAAGGAUUAUUUUCGAUGAAAUUCUUGACUUCUGUCUAGCUAAUCGGCUUCUGAGCUCUAGUCGGCAUGGACUUUUGCCUGAACGAUCCUGCGAAACAUGCCACUUGGCUUUUCUUAAUCGAAUCACUUCUGUUCGUAAUGAGCGGCAGUCAGUGGUGGUUUUUUACUUUGAUCUUAGCAAAGCCUUUGACAAGGUGCCCCAUAGACGUCUUUUAGUAAAAUUAGAAGCUCUUGGCAUCCGGCCGCCUCUACUCGACUUCAUCAGGUCCUAUCUGUCCAACCGAUAUCAGAAAGUCAUGGUCGGUAAUAGCUACUCGACACCCCACUCGAUCACGAGUGGCGUACUUCAAGGCACGGUCCUGGGUCCGCUACUCUUCCUUCUGUACAUCAAUGAUAUUUCGACUGAACUCGGAAAUUCGCAAACUUUUACUUAUGCCGAUGACCUCAAGUGUGUUUACUCAUAGUCUAAGGACCCCGCAAAUGUUUGUGUUGAAAAAAUUAAUGCCGAUUUACUACGCUUAAGCAGAUGGGGUUUGACAUGGCAGAUGGAGUUUUCAUCAUCCAAGUGUAGUUUCAUGUCUUUUGGUCCUACCAAACUUCCUGGUCCCAUAAUUUUUCAGAAUAACCCACUCUCAGAAUGCCUCACCAUAAAGGACCUAGAUCUAAGUUAUACAAAUAAACUUGCUUUAUCACCUCAUGCAGAUAGAAUCUCUGUCAAAGCCGCGCAGAUAUGUGGAUUCAUAUCGCAUAAUUUUUUCCUUCCGGAAAUGAAGCUAAGACUUUAUCAAAUGUUUGUUCUUCCAGUCCUUGAAUACUGCUGUCCUUUCUUCGGUUUAAUGAACGCCUGCGACCGUAAUAAAAUCGAAAAUGCUCAGAGGGUUUUCACCCGGAAACUGUUCUCUCAAGCUUCGUCCAGUAUUUCUUAUACUCAGAGAUGUCAGCUGGCGAACAUGAAGUUUUUGUGGGUUAGAAGACUCGAAGCUGGCCUUUGCUUCCUUUUUCGCAUCAACUCUAGCUCCAGUCUUCCGCACAUUGACACUCUUACUCCGAGAGAUCGGUCUUAUGCCACGCGCAACUCCUGCAUGGUGAUUCCGCCGCCUCUUUUUACUACAUCUAAGCGCUCCCUCUUCUUUGCUUCCAAAUAUGCCUUCCUUUGGAAUAAUCUUCCGCCUGAAAUUAGAUUAUCGCCUAAGUUACUGGUAUUCAAGUCGACAUUACGCAACCAUCUUACACCGGAAAGCAUAAAGGCACUGUUAACGGUCUCAUUCCCGAACACUCAGAUUCUUGACUUCGAGAAGGGUCCUCCUGGGAUUUAGUGGUAGAUUAAGUGGUAACUCUUAAUUAUAUCAUUAGAAACCCCUGUUUUGAAUUGGUUUCUAAAUCCACUGCUAUCACUCCCCCCCCAUAGCGACAAUUUUCGCGGUUUUCGAUGUCAUCUCCCGCAUUCCAACCUCAUGCGGUCUGUCGACGCUCACGGCGGAACCCUCAGUAUUCACUGUCUACUAGUAGUUCGGUCGUACCUCACUUCCUCACUGCUCGGCUGAGCUCGAAGCGUGCUGUGGCCGAUCGCAUCUCGGUUCCUCUCGUCUGGCCUCUUUGACGCGGCGUACCAAUCAGGCCCAGACGAUCUCAAUUGUGAAUCCCGUAUACAAUGCCAUUUGCAUGCCAGUCCUGUCUGACCCUUAUUCGUACCCAUCAAGGCUGACAUUUAUUGCUACCCUGACGAUGACCGACAACAUUCCGUUAUAUACCGCCACCUACAGGCCAGUCCUGCUCGUUUUUUUUUCUGUUAUUAUUUUUAUGGAGGGGUUUUUUUCUCCUGUAAAAUCAGUCCAAUCAUUUUUAACUUUUUUAAGGAGUUUUUUUCACCCCUCAAUCAUCAUGUUUCUCAAUGGACUUCUAAUUUAGAAACUAGGAAUUGCAUUUUGUAAAGAUUUGGCCUACCUCGUCUAAAACUCGCAUGAAAAUUUAUUUUAACUUGCUUUGAUGGGACCCCGACGGGUCUUUAAUAAAAAUUAUCUAUCUAUCUAUCUGUCACUCUUGCGUCAGAGUCACUGUGCCAUUCAUUGUUAUUUAACUCCUAGAUUACUCCUGCUGUACCUACUUCUAACACCUUCAUUGUCACUUUAUUCACAUUGUUAGUGUCCAUAUGAUAAUCAAUAUGUAGGCUGUCAAAGGGAGGAGAGGAAUACGACACUUACAGCGCUGGACUUCGGAUAUUCAAGAAACAUAUGGAAGAAAAACCGCUAAAACGUAUUAUGUUUGUAAAUUUCCCAACCAGUAAUCGUAUAAAACAAAAGCCAUCGUAAAAAGUGAUCUUCUUAGUCAGUUUUUGAUAAAGCUGACGCUUGCAGGAUAACUCUGUUUUUGUUUAAAUUUUUAAAAGUAAUAUCAGCAACCUUGUUCGCAAUCUUUUCGGCGUAGUCUUAAACUUGUUUCCAAGUCUUAUUUGUUUGUUGUCCUUUUGUGAUGUAAGUUACCUAAAAAGCUUAUCCUUGUAACAUCUAGGGGAGAGUCCCAUACGAACAGUUUCACGGAACAGAACAUUACAAAUUCAAUUAAAUCACGAUCAAUCUCCUCCUAUGAUAUUAGUGAAGCACAGACAUUGUGUCCGGAUUUUAGGAAUUUCUGUUCCUCUGAAUCACGCAUUUUUGGUCCUGCAUUCUAUGGAUCAAGGUAAUCGUCUCGUCUAGUAAAACUUUUAGAAACUUUCUUGUGGGGAGCUUUGGUGGCAGUUCGGGUUCGAUGUUGGGACAGCGUGAGUUGGAAAAACGAUUUCCGAAUAGAAAAAUGAAUUUGCGCAUAAUAAGUUGGAAUAUGGCAGCACAACACCCACUAGUAAACAUGGGUUGUUUUAAUCCCUUAGUUCUGCGUUGAAUAUUUCAUCGAACUACUCUUGACUGGCGCCGAAUCUUCCCCAGCGGAAGUAGUUAUAUUCUGCGCGCAAGAAGCGCCAAGUAACAGGUACGCAGAUGAACCCUUCAUUUCACUAUACUGCGCAUGGGCUCACCCGUUAACAUAUACUGCUUUCGGCUUAAAUUGUGUUUGGUCAGUGGAACAACUGAUGUGUAUUUUGUACUUACGCGACAGACGUUUUCCCAGUAAAACGAACUAGGUUGUUGCGCAAACAGUCCCACGUUUUUGCCAUAACUGCUGCAAUUCCCACAAGUCAGCUAUAUUGUCAACAAUACCGAUUAGUGUUUGCUUAACAUUAUGGUCGUAAUUACGAUAAUGAGGAUGAAAUAAUCCGUAAUAUAAAUGCUUAUGAUAAUGAAGCAGGUAUAUUUUUAUGCGACUAUAGUGCCUCCAAUUUUAAACGCCCAGUCUCUUGAGCGUCUUAUCUAAAUAUGUCAGAAUGACUGCAACUAGAAUAUAUAUAAUUUAAUGCUCAGGAUUGGAGCACCUGCUUAAAAGCACCCAUUGCUUUUAGUGUUUUUCCUCACUAAUGUCUCAAAGUGCUUUACUUAAGUAAAGCACUUUUUUUUUUUUUCGAGGACGGGGCCAGACGGGGCUAUCGCGUCCACAGCCCCGUCGUAGCCCCGGGGGCUAGACGGGGCCAGGCCCCGUCCAAAUUUUUGUGAAUUUCCAUCCUUUCUUAUGACGUCAUUCUGCAUUAUUUUAGACAGAUUUCGCUCUCUUCUCUUUUAAAAGAAGCUUUUUAGCUUGCAUUCACUAUUUUAAAUGAAGGUUAGUAACAUUGUUCACGUAAGGGUUAUGGGUAUAAAGCGAUCAAAAGUUGAAUAGUUUAACCUUCUGUACGGAGAAUUAGGAAAGGAAAAAUACUGGUAAUGCAAAUUUGGGGUUAUUAUCAACGAGAUCUUCUUGCUCGAGCAUGGCGUCCACCUGAACGUUUUUUUUUGAGGACGGGGCCAGACGGGGCUAUCGCGUCCCUAGCCCCGUCGUAGCCCCGUCAUAGCCCCGCCCAAACGGGGCCCAGCCCCGUCUGGCCCCGGGGGCUAGGCGGGGCCAGACGGGGCUGGUGCUAGCAGGGUUUAUAAUGGCUUGGAUCUUAAUUGUUAGGUCAGAAAAACAUAAGUAACUUGGUUUUACCGACCUCUUCUUUCGUGGUCGUGUAUCCUCGUAAUAUGUUUCCUUGGGGGAAUGCCUUUUGAAACAAAUUUUGCUUUUAACUGUAAGGAAGCACAAACUCAUCCCUCAGCUGUAUGAUGUCUUCACGCCCCCCGCUCUUUAAAUUUUUUAGAUAACUUUGCUUUUUUCUUUAUCCAGUGGUCAGACAAGUGCUUACAAAAACGUUCGAUCAUGUUUCAGAUAUAAGCCCAAAGUAGAGUCUGCCGUAGGGGGGCUUUGUCUAGGGGUGGCUGUCCUAGACGGGUCAUUUGCAUCCUUUAGUCGUUUUCUUUAUGAAGUAAUUUUUCUGUAGUGGAAGGCGUUCGAACUCCGUCAUGAGUAAACAAGAGAAAUAACAUACGAAAUCACUUUCAAAUAUGCUACUCGGGGUUGUUUAUACUGUUUUUCAGAAGAAACUAUGCAAGAUGCUGGUCGUCCCAUGUUAUUGGCAUUGAUGAGUCCGAGACAUGUUCUAACAGGUUUGCUCGGCAGUUCAAGAUUUUCUUGUUUGACACUCAAUAACCGAUACUAAAAGGGUAUUGUAUCUGAUUGCACGAAAGGAUUUGACCACGUAGUAUUUAUACCACACAAUUAAUUUUAUACAGCGUGAACGAACCUGUCGUACAUUUGUUCGAAUUCUUCGCUUAUCGGACAGUUUCAGGUUUUAUAAUCUGCACUUGCUUUGAGACAUCUUUGGCAUAUUGACUGUUUUUGGAUUUGCCUAAACGCUGGAGUACAAAAAUUUCAAGAAUCUAUUAUUUUGACUUUGUCUACUGAUGCUCAUGUCACCAACAGUCUACCGGUUUCGGUAUUUCUGGGCUGCCUGCUGGCAAAUUCAAAAUGUGUAUUUUGAUGCUUCCAACCACAACUGCAACUUGGUCUCUUUAAUACUUACUGCUCUGAUGUGUCUUAUUUCUUUUUGCAUCAGUAGUCAAAGUCUGUAUAAACUUACUGAAAAUUUUGUCACCAACGUCUUAAGCACAUAUGUAUUUACCUUAUUUUUAAGACGCGAAAUCCUUGUGCAAAUGCAAAGCGUCCUCGGUCCGAAUUAUGUCCUUUUUACACACGCAACAAAUGGCUCACUGGAUACUAGUGUUUUCCUUCACCGCGACCUAAUUUGGUAUAUCUCAGGUAAGAUACACCUUUUAUUUCAGCUAGAUCUUCUUGCUCAAUCAUGGGCUCGGUUUAUAAAAAUGCACAUAUAUGUACCGUUUUAUUUUAGCAACGCUGUAUGUAGAAAGUGUUGAGUUCGUAAGAUGAAAUAGGAACGGUUACGGUGAUGGCAGUUUAAUCAUAAACUAUGAACCUCGGAUAUUUGCUUAAUAAUGCAUCAAGACCUUUAACUACUCUUGCUCCACCGGGAGUUUAUAUACAUUCUGUCAGGUACUAUCACUGCCUAUUCAGUAUUACGGUGUGAGCAUUACGGUCGGAUUUGCUUCGACUCCUUUGAACGCUUAUAAAUUUGAAAAAAUUACAAGAUUUAUUUUCGCACUGAUUUGGUUAAUUUAAACUACUUUUCGCCGCAUGUCAGGGUGUUGACGAAAUUAGUCAGGACGCAUCGCUGAAACAUUUAUGUCCUGACUGCUUGAAGAAAGGACACUCCAGUGUUGUUAGGUUCGUAUCCGAAUAAGGCAUCCACCCACUCUGAAUGACACCGAAAUUGCCCGAGAAUGACUGUCUUCUCAUUUUUGUCCUUACUUUGGAAUGCCUUUGACGAUUUCACAAGACAGCAACAGGUAAUCCAAUGAGAAGCGAAAGCGAGAGAGAAAAUUAAAAAUAUUUACUUUGGUAGAGGCGCGCUCGCCUAUCGCGCUAUGGAACACUCUUUCCGUGUUUUAUCAUUACUAAGGUUGUAUCAGGGCCGUGGCGGACCUUGACAAGUCCUGUAAUGAGAGCUGUACCCCAUAUUUUCUGUGUAUUUCUUAAUCAGAAUUCUGUGCAAAUUAAAUCGAAGCAUUACGGACUCAAUGAUGUACCAACUGUUUGCCGUUAAACAGUCCCCCGAGGAGAAUAGGUGGAAGAUCUGCACCUGCUUUUUUGUGCAUUCUGAAAGUUAAAGCAGCAGCGUUUAGUCCUACAACUGUUUGCCUUUUUCAGUCCCUCAGUGCAGUGGAAUUUGCACUAGAUCCGCCGUCCAGACGAAAGGUGCCGUUGCGCUUUCAUUCAUCCUCUUUGGAACCUCAAUUGCGGUGAUAAAUGCGCAUUUUAAAGGUGACUGACUGUAAAAAUUUGCGACUUUUCUUUAUCGAUUUUGUCUCACUGCGUCUUUUGGUUUAAAAUAUCUUAACUAACAUUGGCAAGUGAUAGAAUAAAUGUUUUUAAUACAUUUUCGUCCUCAGAAUAAACGACUUAAUCUCUGCACAAAAAUGUAUUUCAUGUUAGGUUCUAACUUGCGCUAAAUAGGUUUUUGGCCGCAAAAUGAUGUAUGAAUUUGGAACUUAUUUCCAAUGUAUGUCAUUAUUGCCCCGCAUGUGCUGAAUAUCAUUUCAAAUGGUUAAAUCACAAAUUCUUAAUGUUUAAGAGAAACUUUCCUGACAACACUGCCUCACAUAUGGCCGUUCUUUUACUUAAGAAGUUACAGAGACGGAGCCGUUAAUCCCUAGUAUUUUUCGAUCAUGUCCUGCUGCCGGAAAGGCAUUUCCUUUUUAUUUCAAUACUUGAACAAGGUAUACCAUCGAGAACCCAAUACUCUUCUGUUUGGAGAACGCUAUCACAAAAUAAUUCUGCAUUUCCAAUUUGCUUAAACAAAAAUCAAUUCAUGUUUUACUCUGGAAGCUAAUGAACGGAAUUUUAAUCAACGCCUGCAGGACUACAACAAAAUCCUCGAGGACUUCGAUCUGCCCAAGCCGGGUUUCACUAGUGGCUACCGACACAAAUGUAAGUCAGACUUCACCAUAAGAGUGUCUUGUAAUUCUGCAUAGAAUUCGAAUCAGUCAGAAUCAGUAGAGAUUCCUGUUGCUUCGGAUACGGUCCAUAACAUUCAAGGCAAAUCGGCAUAGUGUUUGCCAAGUUAUUAUAUUUGUACAAUGGACUAUGAGCGAUACUAAGGUAAUACUGAGUCGCCUGUACUCCGUUCUGCAAUUGCAAUAACUGGGUUGGAGUUGCUGCGGUGUGUCUUUGCCUGAAGUUGCCUGUCGAUAACCAUUUGAACUGGCAGACAGAGUAGUGCGUUUCGGUACUAACUCUGCCUUCGAGUCUUUAUGAUUCUGUUUUUCCAUGAAAGUACUGGGAAUAUCGGAGGGUAGUUUCGUUUUCUUUUAAUAAUUAACAGGAAAGUAUUUAUUGAAAGACAUCUUAAUUUUUAACCGGUAUUAUCAUCACCGUCGUUAUUAAUCACUGUUAUGAUGCAGAGGACUCCGAGAUCCCAGCUUUGACGUUAUUGUGAUUCUGAAGACUUCUUAUGCGCAGUAAGUGCUGCGAAGAACCAAACAAAUUAUGAUCAGUCGGCUCACAAUCAGGGACAAAAGUUCCCACCCUAAAUCCCGGAUCUUACUAUGCAUCUGUUGAGCCGAAUGCUGCCUCACGUUGCUAUGCAGCAGAAUGACACCUUAUCAAUUAAUACUGGGUGUUUGACGACAAGGGAUUAGUUAGAAUUUUCUAAUAAUUGACAAUAGUGGUCUGUUUCAGUAGUCAUAAUUAAAAUAUAUCAACCAUACUUCACCAAACACAUACCAAGUUUUUCUUGGUGUAAAUGUCUGAUGUUGAUGUGGAAGCUGGUGUCCGACCUGCGAAAAGUCAUUGGUGUGGGCGCAUGUUGUUAAAGUACAGAAUCCAUUUUCCUUCUUCAGUGACAGUUCGAUUAAGAACUGGUUCCCUCCCUUACCUGCUUAGCAAAAAUUACAACUUAUGGAACGCGGGGCACUGUUUUACACCGAAAAUAGGCCUGGGGGAAAACUUCCUUGCCUACAGAACCGUCAUGUGUGCUAAAGGUGUUCUUGAGGAGUAGACCAGGAGAAGGUCGGUUUUGUGAUACUAUCUCUAUAACCUUACCCGAACAGUUCUCAGUGGUUGCGCGGAAAAGGUCAUUAUUUAAUCACUGGUCUUGCCGGACAACGAAUAUCGGAGGUCGAGAUCGCCUCAUUAGCGCUUGCUGAAAUCUAAAGCGUUCGAAUAAACCACAACUUGUUUUGGUGGCUGUUACGUUGUUUCCCUUGCAAAAUGCAUGCAGCAUACGAUGACGAACAUGACUGUCUGCGGAUUUCAUGUCUCUAAUUUUGUUAGACCCAAGUUAAAAACACAACAUUUAUAUUAAAAUCUAAGAAAAAAGACCUAAUUAAUUUGCAUAAACACAUUUCAAAUGGAGUAAACAUGGACACAGCAAACAAUUAAACUGAGCCAGCAAAAACCCCACAGCCUCGUACCCCUAACUUAUGAUUUAAGCCCACAUGGCUUCAUCCAUCUGUUCAACAAUUGACAUGAAUUCUUCUGAGUUUGUAUGAGAGGCGGCUUUUUCACAUCAUUCGCCACAUCUGUUAUAAGUUUGAUGGACGAUGCAAAAUCUGCAUACUUGGCUUUCUAUCCUCAUUCCCCAAAUCCCGUUUGACAGGGGGUCUGUUACGCAGAAGGCCAGCUGUCGCGCAUACGUGUUCUUCCGAUAAGUUCUCAUUAGGUAACGCGGAACGUGUAAAACAUAUAAGUAAUAGAAGAAACCAAUAACAUCACGUCUUUACAAUCAAGUUGGGUAUGGGAACAAGGGGGGAGGGAGGUAACAAGGGACAAUGAAUUAGGAGGUACUUAGGGUUAGGUGGAAAGGGAGGGCGCAAAGGAUUGCAUGCAGUUAACCGACUCUCCGCUACGAUAGACGUUGAAUUUGAACCAGGUUCCUCUGAGCACAGAUGACAGUCUUUCCAAAUCUGACGGCAGUCCCCUCUGCUGUAGGCAGCAGACGCUGACUCUGUGAUUUAAAAUACUUUGGAUGGGCCUUGUAAAUUACACGGAGGGUUUUGUUGGGCUCCGCAAGAUGCCCCUAAUCAACAAUGUCUGUGAGAAUGGCGCUGUUUGUACUUUUAGUCUCGCCCUUUCCCAACCAUGCCGGGUGUUGUCUUGGUCCUUUGGAUAGGCGCCUGUUCGUGCGACCAAUAUAGCAUGCUCCACAGAAGCAGGUAAAGGAGUAAAUGCACAUAGAGAUUAUCUGGACUGGUAGUCUAUCCCUACCCUCUCUGAGGAAAACAGGGUUGGUUGAGAAUAAUAAUUGAAGGUCAGAGAUACAGCCUAGCUAGGGCUUCUUCUCAGGAGUUCAUUUACUGUGUCCCUCGAAAAGGGAAUUUGAAAAGCAGAUCUUCCCUUUCCGCCGUCAGUCUGAUGGGUCCUGUUGCAAGUCGCUCGGAAAUAGUCUUUGCAAUGAAACUGCCAGAAUGGUCGUUUUCUUGGAUGUCUCUCAUUUACUUAUCGAUGCUGUCUACCGAACGGAUUUUUCUAGCCCUUUCAGCAAAUAACAGCCUCGAGGGGGUAUGUUACUGAAGAAGUUCGUAUAUUUUCCAGACCGAGUUUUUCCAAUAAACACUCCUUCUAACGCUACCGUCAGUUCUUUUGCCUAGAAUCUUCAUGAAAGUGCGAUAACCUGCCGUUUCCACCUUCAACGUUUACUGGAUCGAUUGGUAUGCCUGAUGCAUAUCUUCUAAUAGAACAGCCAUGCUGAUUUCUGCAGUGACAUCUGUACAGAAAUCAAAACCGUAAUGUCUUAGUUUAUGCACCUAGUCGUUUAGUCAAAAUUUCCCCAACUUUCCCAUGAAGACUUCGGUUAAGAGGGGACCAGGAGGCGAGCCCAUACCAACGCCGUCUACUUGUCCGUACAGUUGGUUGUAAAACAGAGCUACUCACUUAUUCUGCAUCUUAGUAAUGGUUGCUUGCGUGAGCUUGUCGGUAUUCCUGUUUCCUGCUGACUGACCGCUACACAUUCGCAGACUUACUCGAUCGUUUCCAUGUCCCGGACGUUUGUGAAGACUGAUAAGACGUCGAUCGAAAUCAUCUGCAUUCCGCCUAGGUUCGGAUCCUUGACAUCGUUAAUAAAUUCGAAAGUAGAAUGAUAUUACCGACAAAGACAGGGGAGACUGGAAUGGCCAUUUGUGGCUUAUUAGCCGUCGUCAGCCACCCAUACCCAAGCCCGAAGUGUGGAACACCCGAGCGUCGAACUCGCGACCUGUUGGUUUAGAAGCCAACGCCUCUACUCACCGGGCCACGAGCCCGUUGCCCUGUCGGUGUCCCGAUAGCUACGUGGUGCUGUUAAUGCUGUCCGGAUUUGAGUGUCUCUCCUAAAAGCCUGGCUAUUGCAUGGUAAAAAGUGGCGCAUUUGCCAAAUCGGACGAGCUGGCAGGCCGUCCUUGUGAGCCCUCGGCAGGUCAUACAAUCGAGAGAUGUGAGCGGACACUGGUCGGAGAUUUUCGAGGUCAAUGUCGCUUACGAAACCCCCUGCGUGGAGUUUCGUUAGGUCGUCGGUCAGUUGGGCCUCUAAUUAAUGCGUGCAGUUCUUUUACUUGUCUGCUCUCCUAAAUUUCUUCUGGUCUGACAAUAUAUAUUGUAACUUCGUUAAAAUAGCCCGAUCUAUCGUCAUUACAGUUCCCUCCAUCCCGACAAUGGCCUACUCAAUGUCCUCUUAACGCCAUUUCUAAUGUGUUUUUGUUUAUUACGAGCGUUGUGUCAUGCAUGACAGAAGAAAUUUUAACAGUAGCAGACCGUGAUGACAAAAAAUUUCUCACUUUUCAAAAGGCGCGAACCCGAUGGACCGAUUCGACCACGUCUUCUGGGUUGGUGAUCUGAAUUUUCGUGUCAAAAAGACUCGCGCAGAAGUAGACCAGCUCCUCGCUUGUCCGAACGCGGCGCGACAUGUGAAAUCUCUUCUCGAAGCGGAUGAACUUCGAACAGCAAUGCAGACCGGUAAGUUGCCAUAGUAUAUUAGUAGUUUGACUGGGUUUCCAGCAGUGAUGGGGCCGGAGGGCCAAUUGUCUUUAAUCAAGCAAAUUCGGAAUUCUAACUGGAUUCAUCACACUAGAAGUAUGAACAAAAUGAUCGCUAACUGUAUUUUCUAUGGGGCUCUACUUUAACUAUUUGCUUGAAUGCGGGAGCCCGACUAUCUGACUACGUGACACCAGUGAUGCCCACUCCGCGAGUGCAUGCUCUGGGUUUGCGGGUUCCCCUGCAGUCAUAGCAAAAUGAUUUCAAAACAAAUGUCAGUCAUUGGCAAGUUCGCUCACUUUUGCUGCUGCUUUACAUUUUCUUGAAAACUUUUUGUCCCACUUUGAUGCGCGCAAUCUCGGUGGUCGCACCAAACUUAAUUUGGCUAGGGAUCAAGGGCUUAUGUUUGGAGGGUAGUGAUAGCCGCUGACUCCCUUGUUGUGCCCCGGGCACAGACUCCCCCUGCAUCUGAUGCAACUUCUUAGAAGGGGACGACUUUUCAUUUUCGUCCACGCUAUCGCCUCACCAGCCUAUUUGGGCUUCUCCCGCUUUUUUGUCAACAGAAAUAUCUUUCAGGAGGUAUUAUUGUAUACUCAUUUUGCUUUAAAGGAAGAUAAAGGCACUGGGACGGUAGAUUUAAUGGCCUUAGCUUUCGAACUCGAACUGGAGUGCAUCAUCAGAGACUGCUGGAGUGCAGCAACGUGUAAACACUUAUAUCGUUGUUCCGUGCGGAGGGGGACUACGUCCGUGGCUAGGUCUGGUUUGUGCCGCCUGGUCCACGAUGGUCCCCGGCGUGGUGACGGCGUUUGUACUUCGCGACGAUGUGAGCUGCGCCACCUGGCUGCGUGGGAGGGGAGCGUGAUAACAAGCAGGCAAAUCAAUGUGUCUAUUGAGAGAGUUGAUGUCCGACACCCACGCUUCCAACAGUUCUCGCCCGGUCUUGUUGCCGACUCGCGCCAAUAUCCGCUUGUUGGCGAAAUCGAGUUCGUGGUGUUUCUCAAGCGUGUGUGCGGCGCCUUGAGAUAGCGGGUCGCCUCUUCGAGCGGCCCGUUUGUGCUCAAGUAUUCGUGAGCUAAGACGCCCUGUUUGGCCUGUGUAGUAGCAAGGACAGUUAUAGCAGGGGAUUCGAUAGACUACGUCCGACUGCUCAUCUACGUCCAGCCGAUCCUUUAUUUUCAUGAUCCCACUACGCAUGGUAGCUGCCGGAUGAUGAGUGACGCCCACGCCUAGAUCUGACGCAAUGCGUUCUAUAGCCUCGGACACACUCUUUAUGUACGGUAGGGAGUGCCAAAUUGUUGGUGUCUCUCUUCCGUUUGUCCGUCGCGGUUGCGUGCGCAUUCAGCGACUGAUAAAACUAUUUGGGUAGCCGUUCUUUGUUAAUUGGCCCCGGAGAUGCCGGAGAUACCGUCCCAGUGAUCGUGCCUUCGUCUUUUAAACAAGAACCUGGGAUUCGCAUAUUCUCUUCCAUGCGUGAAUUAUUUUACUGCCCAAAACACCUCAUUAUUUCGGUGAAGUGGUUUUCCUGUCUCAUGCAUCCAUAACGUGCUUGACUGUUAACGUGGAACGCGAUGGUUAACCCCCCAUAAUCCCUUAGGUAGCGCAUCAGUUCGCACUGAGUCUGGUUCCUGAGCACACUGACUAGGUGAUACCGAGAAGUUCAGCAGAGCUGCGGCUCAAACAGACUAGAAUUAUCUUGUGCAACUUUCUUCCCCAACUCGGACACUAUGACCACUUCAUCAUCUACCCAUUGGCUCAAGAAUACUCCAAGAGAGACUGAGCCCAAAGUCAAACAUCACGCGUUUCAAUUUGGAUCACCCCCAGUCGGACGUUGGGGCACUCUGGUUGGCGAGGACAAAGGAACUGGAAAGGGUACUCCAGUGUCCCUUGAUAACGCUUGCGGAUUACCGACUACUCAUUGCUGUCGGUGCACUCUAACCUGGCGAUAAUAGGCGAAUUGUGAUCGUUUGCACUGCUCCACUGCAUCAGCAUAAAUUACUGAAUGUCAUCCCAACCGAACUUUGAUUUGUUACUGGUUUUUUUGAAGGUCAAAUCUUCGAAGGCUUUGAAGAAGGAGAAAUAAGCUUUCUACCAACUUUCAAGUUCGACAUAAAUUCAGACUCCUACGAUUCCUCGGAGAAACAGCGUGUUCCCUCUUACACGGUAAUCUUUUCUUGACAUCAUAUAUCACUAAGUACUGUUUUAAAAACCGGCCACGACUUUACGCUCAGCAAGUUUAAAACACUUGCCUUAAGACACUGUCUCAAAGUAGACCUCUAGUGGACUGACUGCAACUGCGCGUAUAAACUCAGGGGACGUUUCCGAAUGAUCUCCGUGGUCCUGGGACUCCAGAUCGUGCGAUAUCAAACUUUAAAAAAGCACUGGAGUCUAAAGUUCAUUAAUCAUAUACAGUGGGCCUUAUUAUACAGACAAUUUUUGUUUUACUCAGAAUUCAGAUGGCACUCUUGUUGCAUAUACCUGUCCACUCGCCCAUAUAGCUUUCCUUGUCGGUACUGAUGCGCCUCUCCUUAGUAUUCUCGCCGGUGAGGUUCCUCGACGUUCAACUAUUUGCGACUAGUUCUCGGAGGACCUCCAAAUAGUUUUCCCAUCCUCAAAUACUGCAAUUGGUACUCUUCGAAAACCUUCGUGAACAGUAUCGAACAAAGUUCUGAAGUUCCCACUAUAAAGCCUUUUGCGUUCUCGUUAAGGUCAUGGAUAGCUCGCAUCGAGACGACGCCAUUCGGUUGUCCCCAAAAGGCAUGGCAUAGCUCUAGAACAACCUGGGCCUUCUUUUGAAUAACCUCAGUGGGACAAAACUGUAUUUUUUCGUAGGAUAAAUGUACAAUUGAGGUGGAGGAACGCUUCUACAUUUCGCUUUCCGCCAGUCUUAUUUAUGCAAGUCCGCAUCUUUAUGGAAUUUGCACAGAAAUCUUGUGAAGCUGAUAGUUUAUGGCGGCGCUUGUCUAAUGACGGCUGGUGAAGACUCGAAGUACUCCGCUUGCUAUUGCUCUGUCGACUUGGAAGAGAAUUCCAAGGCAUCCGAAAUGGCUCUACUUAAGUUUUCUCAAGGAAUCUAAUUGGUCUAUCUAAACUAGGAAUACAAGCAGAAAAAAUCUUAGUCUCUCUAAGGUUGGUCGUUUGACAGACGGGUUUAAGGAUCUUGAUCAUACUGCCGAUAACAAUUUUUAGAUACAUGUAGAGAGCAAUAACAUCGAUUCAACGGUGGCGUUUUGGUUCUUAAGGCUAAAUAAUAGUGACGGCUAGACGACGUGAAAGCCCUUAAGUGUCAUAUAGAAUAUCCAGCAAACAUUUUAGAGAGGAAGUAUGAACAGGCAACCACGACGUAUGCCGGAGUGGACGUUAAAAGGUCUCGUAAGGCGGUUUUACUCGAGGGUGUCGGAUUAGGUCUACUGAUAGUGCGUUAUGAAUGAUUAGUUUCCAGUUUUAUCACAAUAAGUCAAGUCUUGCCUCCUAUGGGGAAUCAUAUGAGGCUGUCCUUUUUGAUGGAGUUUUCAGUCUGCAAACCCAACAUGGGUAGAACGAAAAAGUUGGGUGUCCUUAAAGUAUAACGAUUUUCCUGAAAACGUGAUGGCCAAAGCUUCCAGAAAACUGACCGACUGCCAACAAUAGCCUUACUUUUUUUCGGGUAAUAUACUCGAGUCAAAUUUAAGCCAACCCGUCGGUGUAGACUGCGCUUUUUUGGUUAUCCGAGACGAUAAUAAAGCAUGUCGCCGAGUGACCUUUUUCGCAAUGUCGUGUUCCCUUUACCGACGAGUUAUUGUAAAAUGUCACUUUCCUCUCCCACGUAGUGCAUUGAAUGGACAGAAAAUUUUGCCUUUGGCAAAUGGACGGAUUGCAAACUGUCCUUUCAGAAAAUAACGCACAUCCAAAACAUCCCCAUAUUAUGUACUGACGCAUAGAGACAAUAAACCGAUGGAAAACGCACACCUCGUGAUUGUGAUAGUAGAAAGUCUGGUUUCGGAAAAAUUGAGUGACUCGGUCAAACUGGUAAUUUUUGACAUUUCUCUCUUUGCGGUGCAUUUACUGAUGCUCGAUGACCGAAUAACACGGGUUCGAGCCUUAGGGGUCGCAGAACCCGAGGUUGUGCAUGGCUGGCUGAUGAAGGCAAACAGUUCAGGAAUGAUCAUUCCGGCCUCCCUUGUCUUUGUCGGUAGCUACUUAUCUACAUACACUGCUAACCGCCGUGGGUUUGCUGGCGGGGUACCACGCUGAGCCGCAGGGCACAAUGGGGCGGCUAAUUAGCCGGAAAUAGCCAUCCCAGCCUCCCUUGUCUUUGCCGGCAACCCUUACCUACAUAUCGUCUUUGGUACUCAAAUUCAAUCUCAGCCUUUCCUUUCCAUCUUGCCCUCCGAAUCAACUUCCCAACAUACUUUGACCUGUGUCCGUCGCCGCCAAACUUGUGAGGCAGCCGAGUCGAUUGGCCGCCACAGUUUGACAAUUAUUUUCAAAGAUUAGACCUAAAUACCCUGUUCGAGUACAGUUUUAGGCAGUGGGCCACAUUAAGAACUUCACCUCAUACCUCUUUUCUCCAAAUAGAAUGAAAAUUGAGGAUAGGAUUCCCCACAUCUUCGGACUUCUAAAGCACGAAGGCCACAGCACACUUUGUUACAGUGGUCUUUUAUUAAUGCAGACCUGGUAAUUCAUGCAGCAUGAGUAGUAUUCUAAGUUAGCGACGUAGCCAGUAGCAAGUCAAACGAGGCAAAGACAUGACCAGUUAUUGCCCAUUUUCUUAACAUCUCCUUGUCGGUGUUCAUUCCUCUACAAACUAGUCGCGACUUUUGUAGGAAGGCUAAUCGAUUUUAUUUUUCAUCAUUGUAUGUUUGUAGCUUUUGGCAUCAGAGUUGACUCUGGUCGUUAGUCAGGGACAGCACUGUCUAGUAUCUGUUCUAUAUCGUUACCAGCAUCCCUGAAAGAUCGCAGUCUCCAGCUGUGACCGGUUGACAUUGCAUAAAUCUUUGGUUUAUGCCUUUAAGGAUCGCAUUCUGUACAGAUCGAAGAGGAACGAGGAUGUCACUUGCAUCACAUAUGAUUCGAUAACCAAGGUACGAUGCUCUGAUCACCGACCGGUGUAUGCAAUCUUCGCUGUCAGCCUGAAACCUGGGCGAGACAAGUAGGUGCAAACCCCUAUUAUGGUUGACCCCUCUUAUGCUUCACUGUUAUGCUUGUCCUCAUUCGAGAAAGGUUACAACUCAAUGACAACUUAUUCAUGAUACGAGGUCAGAAAGAUAGGAAACAUUCUGAGGAAAAUUAGGCAUAUUUCUGAGUCGGUUACUGAGUGCGUGGCGACGAACUAGAAAGAGAUUUAAUCGAUGGGAUGAAUUUUAUUCGUCUGACGACUCGGAUUCUCACUCAAUCCCGCCAUCAGACAGAUAGAGAUAAGACUGGUGAACGCAUGAGUGCAGUGUGUACAUGACGCUGUUGCUACGCGACCACGGGCUUAUCGUAAUUAGCAACUCCCACAUUCAUUGCUGCGGUCGUAAUUGAUGCGAUGGGUGCUUGUUCGCCUGCAAUCUAUGGCGUUAGUUGCCGCAAUUCCAUCAGCAUUCUUAAUUACUGGCGUGAUGUUUACUCAGUAAUUUGACUCGCUAAUACGAUCGUUUGAGGCGUCUUCGCUCGUCUCAAAAAACAGUAGUAAACACGGUCGGAGAAUUGGUUUUCAAAUUCGAGACGACGGCGACGAAUCAAAGGGCUUGCCGUCAGUGUCCUUUGACCGUAGGUAAUACUCCCUACUACCGACCGCUCAUAGAUAGCGACUGCCUGUAAUGACUUAUCAAAGCUCCUGUAACAAGAACACCUUCGUGGAUCCCAUCUUCGAGUAAUUUGUGCUAGUUCCGACCGCUGCGGACGGGCAAGCAGGUUUGCCAGGUGGAAAUCUGGAUUCAACCCCCCAGCCUUCUUUGCUAGUGGUUGGGGUACGGCUGGUGGAGGACGACCAAUCAGCCCUAAAUGGCCACCUCAGUCCUUGCAUUUGAACCAGUAGGAAAUCACAUACUAACGGCGAAUCCUAGCCGCCAGCAGCCCCGUGAUACUAUGCUGUGUGCGCCUACUCAAUAGCCUCCGGCAGACCACAAUAUGCUCAUCCCGGAAGACGGCCUUCUGCGUGGAUUAAUGGAACUCCGAUGUACCGUCUUCUAACGCAUAGUUCACCGCCUCGCUCUGAGCACCGCUCGACAAAAGCUAGCCAGGUAUAUUCGAUGGGGUUUAGAUUACAGAGCUUUAUAAAAGGAAGAGCUUAGUGCAACUGAGAAUGACGCGACCCGCCCCAAAUGGCUGACUGACUAUAAGGAAUUUCGCCAUCAUGAAAUUUUAGCUCACAACUGCCUUUUCAAUCCUACGGCAAUCUGGAAGUAAUAAAUUCUGUGAAAUAGGCAGAGAAGGACAAAUCCAAGUCUCUGGGGGUAAGAUUUAAUUUGCCCCGUUGUUUUUAGUACGUCUAAAUUCGGCUAUUCGAACUUUCCCCUUUAGCAUCGCCCUUUCAGCCGGAGCAUUUCAUCGAGAAAUCUACAUAGAGGGUAAGCUCGGUCUUCCAAACCAUGUCGUUAUUUCUUUCUGAACUGAAUUUCAGACACAUUGUCGUAAGAGCAGCACUGCACGGAAGGGCUCUGCCGAGCGUGGAUAGAAUAGGCUCCAAGAGUGGACUCCGCAGAAGCGGUAAGGUUAUCGCAGAAUGAGACACACCGCCAGAUGGCAAAUGCUAGACGCUUUAGGCUUAUUCCACGAGCCUGACCAAGUGCGACCGGAAAAGUCUCUGGUGAUACAAAUGACCGGAUACAAAUGUAUAGAAGGCAGCAGUCAACAAUAACUUCUGUUUUAUUGUCUGUGGAUGCCCUCCACUCCGUCCGAGCAUAGCACAAUUCGAUGAUGGAGCUAGUCUACUUGCUGUACAAGGCAGUCAACAAAUCACCGCCAGUAUCUAGACGGCGGCGUCUCGAGAGCGCGCUUUACCGGAGAACUAGUUGGUCAAUAAAUAUCUCUGCAUUCUACGCCCACCUACACCUCUUGACCCAGAGACGAUGACAACGAAGUCUGAAGUGCCUUUAAGGCGCAAAACCUAACCCUUGCGGGCGACAUUCUAUCGGCCGCUCACUUUUCACCAUGGGAUCACAAUGGAGAACAAUCACAUCACUGCAAAACUUCCUCGCAUGAGAUGCGCAAGUGUGGGCUAAAAACUCGUCUCACUAGGGAACUUUAAGGUAGCCCUACCCGACGGCUAACAGGUCAGUCGCGCGCUAUUCUUGGAACCAUUGACCACAGUUGAGUUGGAGUCAUCGCCGCCCGCACAUUAGCUGUUUAAUUGACUUUGGUUUACUGCUUUCUUAUCAAUUAUUGCUCAGUGGCAGGAUCGGGAAUAACCUAAUACCUCUGACUAAUUAGUUCAGCAGCGCGGGAUUCGAUCAGCUAUUGCGUGCCAGCGGGGAAGGUAGUCAAUUCCACGCCCGUAAAAUACGGUACGGGCAAAUCCCUCCGAGCAGGUUUCUCAGCACAGCCGCAUCAAGGUACGCAGUAAUAUGUGUACCUCGCUGGUACAAUGUCAAUCAUUGCCUUGUAUUGACCAGGUGUCUUGUCCGAACGAACGGAGACCCUUGACUCCCACUAUUCGCUAUAAGUUGAGCAUCGGGUAGGUGCCGAAAGUGACCGAACCCUCGACACAAAAUACACGCGUUUGUCUAACAGGUAGCAAUUCACCCCUAGAGCCCACGAUAACAGACAUACUGUUGCUGCCUUUCUUUGCACAUGCAACGAAUUCAGUCUUGAUCAAGCGAAUUAUGCGGCAUUUUCGAAGGCAAUCAACAUUCAUGGAUACAGUUCGAACUGUCUUAUUUGCGCAAAGUCCUUAUUACUUUCUAGGUAAUAGGCGACGAGCCCUGCAAUUCGACCUUGCGCCAAAAAAGGCUCCCCUACAGAAGAACAAGGGGUGUUCAAUCCAGUGA